AUGGACGAGCUUCUGUUCUACAACUCUGUUGGCGACGCUUCCAAAAAACACUCUACCUCAUUUGGCUUUUUGUCUAGUAUUCACUCGUCACAGCAUAUUGGUCAAUAUCGCCAAUGUUACUCGAACGUUAACGGCACAGCUCUCACUGGAGUUGGUGGUGAGCACAAGGUUAUUGUCGCAUGCAAGGGCAAGGCGCUCAUCCAUGUAUACUUACAUGGAAAAGAAUCGCCAGAACAGACCAUUCCUUUGCCAGAGGAAAUCAGCUGUCUUGAAAUCUGUCCACAUCCAGACUCUGAAAGAUCGUGGCUUUUGGUUGCAGGAGCAAUGAGCGGUCGCUUGUACGUCUGGGAACUUGACUCGGGCCUCUUGCUUACAGUGAAAGAGAGCCAUUAUCAGUCUGUCGGAGUCAUCAAGUACUCGAAAGGCUAUAUUGCGAGUGGAGGAGCAGAUUCCAGAAUUGUCGUUUGGAAAGUUCUGGACAUGCUGACCGACUCUCAUAAACCUUAUGCUAUAUUCACUGAUCACACUUUACCGGUUACUGAUAUAUUGAUAAAUUCCGGGCUCAUCAAUGACAUAAAGCUCUGGUCUGUCUCCACAGACCAGACUGUGCGCUGCUACGAUUUGACUUCUUUGGCUUUGGUGACAACAUUUGUCGCACAGCAACCCAUCCAAUCCAUUGCAGCAGACCCGGCAUUUAGAUGUCUAUAUAUUGGACUCGCAAACGGAACCAUACGGGUGAUAAAUCUGUUUCAAGCACAUCCACAAACACAGAUAUGGGAGCAAGUUGGUGGUUUUGGCAAGAUCAUCACCUUGAAAGACGACAUAGAGCUGCGCGAAACUUUCACCAACCAUCAGACAGGAGAAAACCCAGUGACCAAAAUAUCAGUCUCGUUCGACGGCACACAGAUUGUUACUGGCGAUAGCAAUGGCAAAGUACUAGUUUUGGACGUGGCUACGAAACAAACUGUGCGCACCUUAAAACAGCUUGCUGGGCCCGUCUCAACUCUGAAACUAUUUAGAAUGGAGGCUAAUGUUGUCAGUAACUCUGCACUGAAGACUGCUGUGCGGACAAUUCCCGUUCUCAAAAGAAACCUUGUUGAGGACUCGGACCUUCGAAAACAUGAGGUUCAUAGAAAAUUCACUGAUUCUCAGAGUCCUCAACAGCUUGACCUUGAUAAAUUUUUAGACACUGUCAAAUCAGAACAGAAGUGGUUCUCCAACUUCACGGGUGUUGACUCGACUGUCAAGCAAAACAAAGAAAAUUUGAGAUCCGAGUUGGAAGAGCUGAAACAUUCAUAUGCAAGCAUGAAAUCCAAAUACGAUGCACUCUAUGAGGAACACUCUAAGUUGCUGAUGAAUAGUGAAUAG